GCACAUGUCAGGCCUGGAACGACUCCAGCCAAAUCGCCCACAGCUUGCGCCAGCCCUGCAGGCGUACAUCGGCGGCAUCCCCACGGCGGCGACCGCGUCGGCGGCCCGGUUUGAAGAGCGCCUGCGCUACCUCUUCGCCAGUGGGGCGGCAGGGCAGGCGGCGGGGCAGGCGGCGGGGCAGGCGGCGGGGCAGGCGGCGAGGCAGGCGGAGGCGGCGGGGCCGGCAGAGCCGGGGCCCCGGGGCGCGGUGCACGUGCUGUGGCACUACCACUUCUCCGCCUUCCGCCGAAAGCGCUGGGCUGCGUUCAUCCAGCGCGACUGCGCGCUCCACCGCGUCGCCAAGCAGCUCACGGGCGGCAGGCCCAAGGAGGAGGUGGUGGUGGGGUGGGGUUCGUGGGCCUUCCAGGGAGGGAAGGGCGGCUCCCCCAUCUCCGUCAGGGGCGGGCGCGCGCCGACGGGGCGGCUCAUCAAGCUGCUCCGUGAGCGCUACGCCAAGCAUGUGUUCAUCAUCGAUGAAUACAAGACCUCCAAGACCUGCUACAACUGCGGGUGUCAGGAGAUGGCCAUCAAGCGGCUUGGGGGGCUGAAGGAGGGGCAGCGGCCCUGGUCGGUCAAAGUCUGCAAUGACUGCUUGACGACCUGGAACCGCGACGUCUCCGCCGCCAACGUGAUCCGUGUGCUCCUCCUGCUGAAGCUGAUGGGCUUCGAGCGGCCGACCAAGCUGCAGCGGCCGCCAUGGCCGCCGCCGGCGGCGGGGCCAGGCUGAGAGCCUGAACGGCGCUAGCAGGGCGUGGGGUUGAGGGUGCACGUGUUGAUUGGCGGCGAGUGACGUGACUAGUUUGUUAGCUGCGGGUUAGCACGGACUGUGCACCCCACCCAACCGGCCACGUCCGGAUUUGCGGGGAUGCCAAAGGCCCCCAACAUAGAGGCGUGUGCUUAGUAGGCGCCCGCGUCAAGGUGGCUGGGUUGAUAACGACCCGGGAUCAGCCCUUUUCCUGCCUCCCUAAGGCAGCCACCUCCUUGUUGGUGGGCCUGCUGUACUACCGGUGAAGCCGUUCGCGGUUUGCCUUCCCUUUGGCACCAUAGAUAUGUGAUGCUAUGGGUGUAUGGCCCAUCCGCCUUUGGGUGGUCAGGUACAGGCGUACUGGGACUGGAGCUCAUGUGUUAUGGUAGGGGUGGCCUCUGGACUCAGGUUGGGGGCCAGGUGCGAAGGUCAAGAAGUUGCUGCGGUGCCAGACUGUGUGGAACUGGGGAUGCCAGUUCACCCACGUGUAACCACAUGACCUG